AUGCCCCCGAGGCGCACGAAGUCUUUAGAUAUGGAGCUGGAGCAGCCGCACACGCCCAAAGAGCACAGAUGCGCACAUCUGGUGUCGAAUGCUGAACGGGCAGAUUGCGGACAGAAAGACAAUAAAAAUAUUGGCACCGAUCGCACAAGUACAACUCUACAAUCUAGCGUGGAGGCCACAGAAUGUACUUCCGAAGACGUCAAUCGUCUCUUUCUAAGUGCGGCACUACAUUGCAAUAUGGAGGAGGUACACAAGCAGCUUCAGAGGGGAGCGGAUCCAAAUUGCAAGGACAGAGAUGGGCGACCUGCACUACACAUUGCAAUAUAUUCAGGGGAUCUUGGUAUUAUUCAAGGGCUAUUGGAACUCGAGUCUAUCGAUUUCAACUGUCAGGACAUCGAGGGUUGCACUCCACUGCACGCCGCAGCAUCUGGGGAUUUUAUUCCUCCGGAGUAUACGUAUGUACUGGGAAUACUGCUUGACAGAGGGGCCGAUGUCAACUGUAAGGACAAUAAUGGACGCACCCCACUUCACGAUGCAGCACAUACAGGGGAUGUUCAUGCCAUCGAUCUCCUGCUUAACAGAGGGCCAAUAUCAACUGUAAGGACAAUAAAGGACACACCCCACUUCACAGUGCGGCACAUAGAGGGUCUGGUUUUACCAUUAGGACACUACUUAGGGGAUGUUAGUUUCAUCGAGCCCCUACUUAAGAGAGGGGCCGAUGUCAACUGUAAGGACAAUAAUGGAUGCACUCCACUGCACGCCGCAGCUUUGGCCGGGAAUGUAUUUUCUGUUAUCGAGUUACUACUUGACAACGGAGCUAAAAUGUCAUGUAAGGACAGCAAUGGAUGCACUCCACUUCACGCUAUGGCAAAAUACUUACAAACCUCAACCGGGAACCCGGGGAAAGUCAGCACUGAAAGUUCUGUUGAAGAGUGUCUGCGGGUGAUUGAUGAGGUUAUGGGGGCCCUAUCACCAGGUCACCCUGCUAUCGCGAUGGGUCUCAAGGCAGGGAGUAGUGGUCUGAGCGGCGAUGUGUCCUUGGAUCAAGAGGUAGAAUGCAGUUCUAUGUCGAGUACUACACUAUCCGACGAAGAGUCUCCGAAGGCCAAAACACGCAAUAAUACCAUAUCAAAUGCGCCUUUAACCGACGAUCUUAGAAGAGAAAUUUCAUUAUCUAGCAAAAGUUGCACAACUUUUGACCUGAGCCACGGGGAUGAGAGCGGAAGCACUAGUGAGAAUGAUUGCGAGGACAUCGAUGACGACGCGAAUGAAGUUGAGGACGCGAAUGAAGAUGACGAGGGCGGAAAUGUUGAUAAUAGUGACUACAAUAUAGAAAUAUCGCACAACUUAAAAGGCACUGGGACUUAUCGAUACCACGGGGGUAGUACAUCUGACACGAAAAGGAAAGGGAAGCAUAUCCCUACAAAACGAAGACGGUUUCAAAGCCUUGGGGAUCGGUCGAAUGACCAAGAAGAUGAUGAAUCUUCUGACCAACCUUCUAAAAGACCAAAAGGGUCGAAGGCUCAAGGAAGCUCGCCCAGCCAGUCUAAGAGACCAUUCGCUUGCCCUUAUUUCAAAAAGGAUCCAGUCAAAUAUUCCGACUAUACCCAGGAGCAUUGCAAGUCACGGCACCUGAAGCUAUGGUGUCACCGGUGCAAGGAAUUUCAAGCAGAUACUCAGGAUGAAAUGAAUAUACAUUUACGACACGAUGAUUGUCAGAUGAAUGAAGAAUCUCCUGGGUCUGCCUACUCGAGAAAUGACAGCAACUCGCAAAUCAGAGAUGAGCUAGACCUUCCAAGGACUUGCACUUGGGAAAGGGUCUUCAAGGUUUUGUUUCAUCGAAACACACCAGAUCCAUAUUGGGAGCAAACCGCAGCCAACGCCGUUCAGGCUUGUGAUAGCGAACUAUCUACCAAAAUUCGAGGAUGUGUUGUUAUUCCUUCCGGUAGACAACCGGAGUAUCAAUUUGGACUGGCAAAAAGCCUUAAAGACUGUCUAGGGGUGGAUGAAGAUGAUGUGAAGAAAGUUAUGAUUGCAUUCAAUGUGGACUGGGCAGCAAAAAAUUGCAACCAAGUGCAGUUUUCUAAUAUGGAUGGCUCUGGGUCUGGCUCUCAUGAUAUUGACGACGUCACUGCGGCCGACGUUUCGUCAGAAACCCAAUCGUCCAUCACUCCAGAGCAAAUUCCUAAUAACGAUCAGUCACAACCUACCGCUGUCACUGCCGACCAACACAACCAGUCUACUGCUUUUUUGAAUGGAUUAGAUUCUUCCAUUCCACAAGCCGAUCAGGGGGAGAAUCCCUCUUUUAUACCCCUAUGUGGCAGCUAUCUAGGACCUGGCGCCGCCACCACUACGGUACAAGGUUACGUUGGUUACAUUCUUCCAAAUGCACCGGAUCCUUCCAUGUUGCUAGAGGUGCCAGACGAAGAGUGGUUCAUUUUUGACGAUCCCAAUUUCUCACCUACACUCGACGAUCCGGGCUCCACCACGUAUAAUCAACAGCGAAAUAUCCCUUCAUAA